CUCCGCCAACUUUGUUAUUUUCAGUUAAAAUCAUGGUUCUCCUAAACCAGAGUUUUCCUUCUGUUGCUCAAUUGCUGGGAACCAUUGAUAGGAGCGGUGCCGCCAGGUUUGUCCAGUACAUCAUCUCCCCGUGGCGAAUGUCCCUUUGUCAUGGGGGCCAUAAGGGUGAACGGCCACAACGAAAUGAGGCGUCAAUGGAAAAGGGAUCAUCUGGUCCACGUGAAGCAGCUGGGAAAACAAAAAUGGCAGAUAUAUUCAGACAAUAUGAUGUGACAAAACUGUUAUCUGAGCGCAGUGUCCUGAUGCUCGGAGAUUCCAAUAUGCGGUCUAUAUACAGAGACCUCAUUUACUUACUAGUGGAUGGGGGUAUCAUUCCACCAGAGAUGUUAAGGAGAGCUAAGUCACGAAAUGCAGGCCACUGUGGAGACCGAGUGGUUGAAAUGUCAAAGGACGACACGGCUGGACGUGACUAUUUUGAAGUCCGAGCAUUUGAGAGUAAUGGCUUGUGUGUGCGAUACAACUUCAUCACACAAGUUUAUUCUUCUACCGUAAAGAAAGAGUUAAAAGCCAUUGAGGACGGAGAAGUACCAAUUCCACAUGUGGUGGUCAUGAAUUCCUGCAUAUGGGAUUUAACACGCUGGGGAGCAAAGCAAGAAGAUCAGUACAAGAAGAAUAUGGUUGACCUAUUCCAACAUCUGCGUUGUCUGCUGCCGGAUGACACCCUCAUAAUAUGGCUCACUACACUGCCGGUGUCCACAGAGAAAAUCAGAGGUGGUGUUAUGAUCAAGCAGUUGGAGUUUGUACAGCACAGUAUGGAGUUCAUUGUAAUGGAGGCAAAUAAGUUUGCUCAGGAACUGUGCAUGGCAUUCGAUUUUAACUUACUUGACCUGCAUUACUAUAUGCGAUUUCAACUUCAGAGGCGGACAAAGGAUGGCCUCCACUGGGAACCUCCAGCUGUGAGGAUGAUGACCAAUUUCAUCCUUUCACAUAUAGCACUGAGUUUUGGUGAAACCCUUCCUGGUAAUACCAAAGAUGUUCUUUUGAAAGAAGCAAUAUGCCUAGCAGAAGAGGCAAAAUCUUCUCCUUUAGAAGACAAGCCUGAAAUUAAUUUGGAACAAGAGAUAAAGGAAAUAAUUUUGAGUGUGCAAAAGCAGUCUGACACAUACCAGAAACUGGACAGGAACCUUGAAGAAAGAUGCAAAGUUACAGAGAGAGUCAAGUGUCAGGCCAGACGCACCCUGAGAAAGGACAGUGGCCAACAUGGGAAGUCAUCAGCACAAAAUACAAGAAGGCAUAACUCUGUCUUUGAUAGAGCACCUGUUUAUCGGGGGAAUGAGCAUGUUAACAAAACAUCUACAUACUACAACGAGCGCAUUACAAAUGGCCUUAACUAUUUGGCAGGCAACUAUAACAUGCGGCGUCCACCUUUACUUCCUAGCAAUCCAUAUGAGCAACAAUACUUUACAUAUGGUCAAGGUUAUGGGACAUCUUCAUAUUCCUCACAGUAUAUGUUACCUCAUGUGCAGAACCACUACAAUAACAAGAUGUGGGUUAAUCCUGGUCAUCCCCACAGUGAAUUGGUGCAAGGAUAUUCUCAAGAAGAAAACAACAACCAACAAAGAUUCCAGUUUCAAAACUCUUGCCAACAACCUACAUAUCCACAGAUGAAUCCCAACCAGUCUUCAUCAUAUCCACCAUGGUACCGUAGUCAACAGAUUCCAUAUCGCCAUAAUGGUGGCUACUGUUGAUUCCACCUGCUUCAAAUCCCAUGCCAGUAGUAUAAUUUUAUUUUGCAGCAAUAUUAGCAAUGAAAAGGCAUAUGUUUUGUUACCUCCAGUAUGCUGUGUCAAAAAUUACACACAUACUAUAGAUUUUUUGUCUUUUUAUAACUUGUUACAUAAAACAUAAUAUUGAUAGGCCUUCAUAAAUUUAAACCAUCUUAUAAAAAUAAAAUAUUUCUUUUAGUGAAAUGCAUGUUUUGUUUUGAAUUGUGAUUCAGGGAUUGCUUAGUUCCAUUCGAGAUAGAGGUUGAAAAGUCUGAAGUCUGUUUUUACCUUUUUUUGUUCCAGAGAGAUAAAAUGAAAAUAAAAGAUUUUUGGUUAUAAUUUGUAUGCCUCAUUGUUUAAAUAACUACAACUAUGUGUGAUAGGUGCCAUUAAGUUCAUAAAACAGAAUUAAUUGCUUUUAUUACUUGAUAUUAUUAUUGAUCUUUCCUGGAUUUGAAACGAAUCAUAAAUGAGAUGACGUAGCUGGUUGACAGACUGGUUAUGAGGUGGAAAACAAGGAAGAAGAAUCCAUUUAUGUUGCAAAAUAUUAUGUAAUAAUGCAUCCUUAGAGUCACUGCAUGAUGCAGAAUAUUUUGCUUUGUGAUCUUUCAAUACUUUGAAUCUAUCCUGGAUAAGGAAUACUGUUCAUACAUCUUAAGAAAAAAAUAAAUGUAAAAUAGCCCUGCAUAUCAGUAAUGUAUGUAAAUAAUACACAA